GACCGAGAAAACAAACGCAGCGAAUUUCUGGGAUGUUUAUCAUUCCCAGUUAGGAAUGUUGCUAAAAAGGCAAUUAAUGGGUCAUACAAAUUGCAAUCCCAGUCUUGUUUGACUAAUCCGGUGUCUGCUGUUGCCAUGGGUGAGAAUUCCCAGUCGAGUGUGGACGAGGUGAUUAGUCUGGAGGAGGUGGGUGGCGACCACGGUUCCCACUCGACAAUUGCAUUCAGUAAGAAGGCCCUGCACCAGCGUGAUGCUGAUGAGAAUCUCUUCUUGCGAUUUCUGGAAUUGGAUCCUCCGGGUGAUGCAAAUGUGGCAAAUCGUCGACAAUCGACAACAAAACCAUCCAAUGGUCGGACACCAUUUACGAUCACCAAGAAACUCACACGAACUGGCGAAAGUCGGGGUUUUGGGUUUUCAAUUGUGUGGACACAUCCGCCGCGGGUGGAGAAAGUGGAACCCGGUCAGUGUGCAGAACGGGCGGGCAUCUGGCCGGGUGACUAUGUGAUUUUUGUCGAUAAACACAAUGUAGUGACGAUGCCGGAAGUAGAUAUUCUUAAUUUAAUACGCUCCCAGGGUAAUAGUUUAACAUUAGAGAUAUUUCGGCGACCCGCUCAGCAGCAACGAGGAGGCCCCGUCGCCACCCACACAACACCCUCCACCAGCUACCAAACACCCGUUCAUGUUCACUCUCAGGCUUCAGAUACACCUUCACACCAACAAAAUGGUCCUCAGCUACAUCGACUGUCGUCUGGUACUCAAUUGGCUGGUACUAGAUCAUCUAUCGCCUGUUCCAAUGCAUCCAUUUCCGCCGAGACCACCAAGAGGCGACUCCAUCUGCCACAGGUCACUUUUAGCAAAGAGUCAAUUUUACCACAGAGUGGUGAUGAUCAGAGACGGAGAUAUUUGUACCAAUUGAUAAGCAGGGAACAGCAUUUUGUAAACGCUCUCCAAUUUGGGAUGCAGCGGUUUACGUCUCCUCUAAGAGAACGGAAAGACUUAAUAUCACCUAGUGAUCAUCGGACAUUAUUUCAGAAUAUCGACGAGCUGCAACGAAUAUCGGAAGACAUUCUCGAGCAAUUGGUGCAGGACGAAAUGGAUACUCAGGUGAAUUUCGCCUCACGUGUGUACAUGUCCAAGACGACGGCUAUUUGUGUGGCCUACAAGAAGUACUGCAAUGGCCUGAAACGGGCUGACUGCGUUCUUGUGAAUAAAUCACGGCACGCCAACUCGGAAUUUGUCAAGUUCAUUACGGAGCCACAAGUGCCGCGAAAGCGCCCCGACCUCACAUCCUUUAUACACAGACCUUUGCAACACUUCCGUGAAGUUCUAAAGUUGAUACAAGUGACGACGUCACACUGUCGCCUCGAUAGUGAGGAAUAUCGUAAUUUCUCACAAGUUGUAUUGGAGCUUCAGGCAGCUUACCGAGAGAUAACAGUUGGAGGAGGUCUCAUGGAGCCAUUGGGUGAAGGGAAGCCUCUACUAACUUUGCAAGACUUGGAGUCUCGUCUUGUGUUUACACGUUGUAAACCCUUCGUGUUAGCUUCCCCAGGUCGUCAGUGGGUCUUUGGUGGAGACUUGUCACGUGUUGAGGGACGCUCAGUGAAGCCAUACUGGACACUACUAUUCAGCGAUAUUCUUCUCUUUGCUAAAGUCAGUCGAGACCGAGUGCUCUUCAUCACAGAAGAACCCCUAGCUCUUGUGAACAUUACGGAUUCGUGCUUCAACAUCAGGAAAAAAUCCACCGAGUUUCGGAUUACCAUUGACCCGCUGGGGAAGACGGCUGAGAGUCCAACAGCUCAUUGUACUCCUGAUCUCACAAAGACUCCACGGAGAAAUUCCCGAAGGCGUAGUAUUAUCCUGCGAGCCCCAUCUCCAGAACUGAAGGCUGUUUGGCAAAAUCUACUGCAACGACAAAUAUUUUUGGUGAACGCUGCUCUAGGAUCAACGCCUCUGAGUAGUCCACUCGACUCCCCGGACGUUAUGCAAAGCUUAAUCCCCCUGAGCAGUGAUAUUGGAGCUGCUACAACAUCGAUGGCGUCAAUUAAAUUGUCAUCUGUAGAUAGUUUAGCAGUGAAGAGCUGUCAGCAACAGGAAACCGAAACUGACUCCACGGAUGCCUCGAAGCAAUUAGAGGAGUUUAUUGAUGAGAAGUGUCGACAGAUGAACAAGUCUGGAACACCACGUGGUGGAGCUCUUCAUCUUGCACAGUGGAUGAAAGGUCAGCUGGAUCAGGCGAUAAGCAAACACGAAAGUGAACGAACAGCCCUACUUAGUCAAUCCGAGCCAAUUGAAUCCGAGCCAGAGGACGAUACCAUUGAAGAGUGGACGACUGAGCAAGUGAGAAAGAGGUCCAGGGAAUUGCAGCUUAUUGAUGCCAAUGGACGAUGCCAAGUACCCAAGGCUGAUGGUGCUUCGAAAUCUAAAGACAGUACCAAUGGUGCUGUUAAUCGCAUGGAUGAUCUUUCUGGGGCAAGUGAAGUGGAGGAUGAGAGUAAAAGCGCGUCACGGAGUACAACAUCCGACAGCCAAAUCACUGUACGUUCAAGUCCCAUUGCUCAUGCUACGGAUACACUUUCUGUAUGUCGACAGUGCCACAAAAAUUGCUCAAAGAGUAAACUCUCACAUUCGUCAGCAUCAACGAAUUCCCUAAAAGUGCAGCAUACACAGCGAAAUACGGGUAAUGCACGUUGCUGCCAGGCUAGCACGACCGCGAGCAGUAUCACCAGCGGAACUUCCUCAUCUGCAUCAACCACAACCCUCACCACCGGCGAAGUUGAAUUGCGAACAACAGCCAUUAGGAAGACCCAUCAGACCCCAAUUGCCAAUGGUCUUCCCAAAAGGCACAUCAUGUGCCAUUGCAAAUGCACGCCACAGGAUUUCCAUGGGACCACCAUAAGUCCUGACGAGGUGACACAAGAGACAUGCAAAAUACUAGAUGGUGUGCACGAAAUCAAGAAAGUAGAUCAAUUGAAUCACGUAGGUGGUACAAUAAACCACACUGGUCCCCAUGGUAAAUGUAGAUGUGCAUGCACGGAUGUGCCAAAGGAGACAGAUAGUGUGGACGAUUGGUCUCUUAUGCUAAUUGGAUUAUCUCAAAUAAAUCCAACUUCCACACUAAUGCACAUGGAUCCUUUUGAGGCUGUACCAAGUAUCUCGGUUGUUCCACCAACGCCAGAAGGAGCUAACUCAUGCCGAACGUCCUCACAGACGUGGGAUGGCGGCAAAGGUAGCAAAAUUUCAAAGAGUAGCUCGAAAGACGAUGAAAAUUCGCCAGAAGAUGAAUCGCUGCAGGAUGAACCACCUUAUAAAGUUCUGAGUACCAGCUUACGACGCUAUGGUACACUCUCGAGUCUCGAGAAGCUUCCAAGUGAGGAUGCUGAGACGUAUAAUUCGUCAGAUGAUGAUGUGGCAGACGAUGGGGAUAUUAAAAUUGUAACGAAGGAGGUAUAUGGUCCAAAUGACUCAUAUAAUCCUUCGUUGAGGAACUGGACAGCACGGGCUGGUUCAUAUAUGGCCGAGAAGAUAUCCUUCUUUGAGGAGUCUCGAGCAUUUUUCGACAAGUACCUGGGACGCUGGGACAGAGAUGCUGAGCAACAACUAUCAGCACCAGGUGUGGACGAUGAAAACUUGGAUGAGUGCACUUCAGGUGCAACUUCUGGUGAAGAAGUAUGGGGCACUCCCACAAGUGGAGGUGAAAACGAUGAAAUCCAGAUGUUUAACUCAGACCAUACACAAUCUUCACCAACGAGAUCUUCCUCGUCCUUUACUGGAGAUGACGACACUGAACUCAUGAUGGAUGAACUCCUAAUGGCCCCACCAAUGACAGCAAGUGCAGUGAGAGGAUUACUGCCACGUUCUAGUUACAAUUAUUGUAGGAGAAGAUUAGAACCAUUGUUUGAAGAGGAUACAGAGAGUGGUGAAUCUGAAGAGGAGAAUUUGCCUCUCGAUGGUCGAUCAUCCAUCAAUCAGGGGCAAGUGGCGGAAAGAGACUGGUCAAGAAAUGGGCCCACUUCAAAAGGUUCACCCGAAAGCACAACAUCCGAGACCCUAUCCGAUGCGACAGUCAGCACGCCACGGGAACUGGAGUCGACAGUGAUUUCGAUGCCCACGGAGGUGGCGGAUGUGGAGACGGUGGACGGAGUCAGUGCACCUCCCGCAGUGACGAAGGUGGAGGAAGACUUUGGAAGCGUUGCUGACACAUGCUUUUCUCCAUCUCAAACACCGAAGGAUGUAAACGCAUCUGUCGCAAGUACCGAUCGUGCCGAAGGGUCUUCAGGUGCUGCAGCACAUGUCGGUCUGAGCCCCCGUUUAGAGAUGCGCUUAGCACUCAACCAGGAUAUAAUGGGGGACGAAGAUCUUAUAAAUUACGCCCCUGGUCCCGAUCUCACUACAAUUCUCGGACACGACCUCUCCACAUACCAGCGGCUAACUGGACGGGACCUUCUGACCCGCUCAGCCAACCCCCGAGUGGCCAUAGUGAAAGAAGUGGGAAGCAACUCAUAUUGUCAACAAAAAAAUUCAAAGAUGGACACUCCAACGCCAAACCGCAAAAAGUCAAAUCCAAGUACAUGGAACAGUUCUGCAUCUGUGGAUCUAGCCGACGAAAAAAGACUGUCAGACCUCGAGCGCUUAGCGAGACGCGAGAAGAUGUACUGCAUGUCUCAAUUGAGGAGUGGUCAACUGGCAGCUCAAACGGAUCCUUCCCGGACCAAUUCCCCGAACACGACCCCAAGUCGGAGACCAAGUAAAAUAUUCAGCUUCCUCACACGACGAAAUUCAGAAAAUCACUUGCUCAAAGUGUUCCCAAAGGAAAUGGGAGAUGAUUUGAGCGUUUCAUCGAAAUCAUGUUCACCACGUCGGGAAAACGACAAAGCACUUGAACGACGAUUUCUGGAAGCAAUUGACACGCAGACGUCGUCACUCUGUAUCGGAAAUUUCGGCCAAUUAGACAUGAAAUCACGUUACCUUAUUGGAUUUGCCAAAAACUAAAAAAAAAAACCUAAAGAAAUGGUGCUGAUGACCAAGAGCAAGAAGCUACACGUGGCGAAACGUUUGGUGGAGGAAUAUUACAGUUCGGUCAUGACAAACGAAAAAAAUCACCGUUGAUGAAAAAUUUUUAGAGUAUCGUUAUUAUGAGAUCUGGAACAUUUUAGAAAAAUUUAUAGUUAGAUCAAUUUUCAUCAUCCAACUCACAUUCAACAAUUCUAAAUUUCUACAUUUUUUCCAUUGAAAAUUACAUUUGAAAUGGUACGAUGAUAUAGUGAAAUUACCAAUAGAGUUUAGUCUCUUACCAAUUUUAAUCAAACAUUGAAGAGAAUUUUUGCUAAUAGUUAGACAUGUUUUUUCGAAAGACAAAUUUCACUAAAAGUCUUUGACAGAUUUUUAAAAUAUUCUAUGGAGAAAAAACAACUACAGCAUCGAAUAUUAAAUUCUAUACGAUAUUAUGGAACUCAUAAAGAAAAGUAAUGUGAAGAAACAAUUAAAUUGUUCUAAUAGGCCUAUUACAGAAAUGCAUCAAUUAUACAACAAAAAAAAAGAAAUAUAUUAUUGAAGAAGAAUUUGAAGAUAAUUGCAAGAAAGUUCAUCUCAAAAUAUUUCAAUGAAAAUAACUAAAAGCAUUAGGAAUCUUUGAAACUUUAGAUGUGUCCAGAUUAUACAAUAUUUUGCCUUAAUUGUAGGUGAUUGAAGUAGAGAGAACGUGUACUUUACUAGUUUAGUGAAUAUAUAAAAAAUGAUAUUGUAAAUAUUUCUUAGCAAGAUAUUAAAUUAACAGCCAAAUUUAUUUAAAAUACUCAAUAAAAAUUCCUCAAAUGAGAUCUACAUA